GACUGAUAUUAAUUAAAAAAGAAGAAAUGACAAAAAUCCUUGUACUACAUAAUUUCAAGAUUUUAUGGUAAAGAAUCUUGAAUAUUCAUGUUUUCGCAUAAUUCAAUUUAAAAAAAAACAUGUUUGAAACAUUCUAUUACACAAAAUGAAUGCAGAAAUUGAAGAAAAUAUUCGGAAAAAAGUUCCUUGGUCCCAACUUCCAUCACAUAUCAAACAGAUAUUAAGCAAUUCUAUCAAAGAAUAUGAUAGAUGUGUGGUAAAUUUCAGUAUUAAAAAUCAACUGCGUUAUCGCGGAAAUUUAGUGCGACAUGUUUUUAAAGAUGAAAAAAGAUACUACGAGAGGAUUGUUACUUACAGUAGGGAACGUCUCAUGUUAUUUCCAUAUCAUUUGGCUGAUAUGAUAGUCAAAGGAUUGAGAAUUACUCCUUUCAAUUAUUAUAUAUCAGUUGUUGAACGGCUGAUGCAGGCUGAAAAAAGUUAUGAUACAUUACCAAAUUUCACUGCUGCAGACUGUUUGAGGCUAUUAGGUAUAGGUAGAAAUGAGUACAUCGAUCUUAUGAAUAAAAGUAGGUCAAAUAAAGGUAGAUUAUUCGGAAGAAAAAAUGUGAGGGUACUUUUACCAAUGGUACCAUGUGAUAUUUACAUACAACCGUGGUGGAGAGUUGAAGUCGGAUUAGUACUAGAAGAAGAUAUCAAAAUGGUGAAUGAAGAAGAAUUACAUACAAUAGAUAAACUAAUUGAUUUAGGGUCGCAAAAUGCGGGAGAUUUGCCAUUUUCGAUAGUUAUGAGUUUGUAUAAGAAAGGUCUAAUUUACUUAGAUGUGCCAAUAACUGCUGCCGAUAUGGUACAAGUACCUCCUUUACAAGGUUUUGUGAUGAAUAGAAUUCUUGGAGAUUAUUUUGAAACACUUCUUUAUAAAAUAUUUGUAUCAAUCGAUGAACAUACCACAGUUGGAGAGCUGGCAGGUGUAUUACAAGUUGAUACAGAAUUAGUUAAGCAGGCUGUCUCUUUAUACUGUCGACUAAAAUUUGCACAUAAAUUGAACGUUGAUCCAGAACAGGAAAGAAUCCGAUGGCAUCCGUCAUGGUCUAAUAUUCCAAAUCCAGAUUCUAAAAACAUGGAUAUAACUCCUCUUACACUGAAUCUAAACAAAGUUUCCCCGCUAAAUACAUCUUCCGACAUUCAAUCGCCGCAAUCAGAUCUUCCAGAAAGUCCUGCGAAUAGUAGUUUACCAAGAAAGGGACAGAGGGUGGCAUUUUUGUUUGAUUCCACCCUAACGGCCUAUCUUAUGAUGGGAAACCUUUCGCCAGGAUUAAAAAAACAUGCCGUGACUAUGUUCGAGGUUGGUAAAUUGUGUGAUGAAAGUUUGGAUAGUUUCUUGGCUGAACUUGAGAAGGUUUCUGUUCUUGAUGCUGACGGAGAAGGUGAAGCAAGAAGAUUUUUUGAUCAUGCCGUCAUAUUACGUUCUACUGUCAUGGCUUUGAGAAAGCUACCUAGUCCAGGUUUAGAUUUGGUUAGGUUGGAAAGUUUACAUUCCUUAGAUGAAGCUACAUGUUUAAGACUGUUACAGAAAAAAUAUAAGUUAUUGGUAUCAAUGGCACCACUAAGUAGAGAAGUUAGGCCUAUAACUAGCCUUAUGCCACCACAUUUGGGACCAGCGGUACCUGAAGUUAAUACACUUUGGUUCAAACUAUUUUUGUACCAUUUGACUGGAUAUGGACCUCCAUCAUUACUUCUCACAAAAGGAACAAUUUUAAAUCAACUUCCCCGCAUGUUCCUCGGUUUUAGUAGACUUUUGAUACAUUCGUGGCUUCAUGAACCCGCCGUCAUUCCAGUGGCCAAUAUUCUCUAUGUGAACGCCACCCUUCAAUUCAGUCCGGUUCUAAUUCAAGCGUAUGGAGUUCAUCAACCCGCCCAAACUUACAUAAUUCCAUUCCCAUUCAAACCGUUAACUCCAACUAAGGAUAAUGAUAAAAAAAUCAAGGAGCAACCUACUGAUUUAGCAUUAAGGAAUCACAGAGCUGUCAAGUUCUUGCAAGAAAUGGUCAAUCUGGAACAUAAUUGCGGGUAUUUAACGUUUGCUAAUAUUGGAGUAAUGGAUUUUGGAUGUCCGAAUAGAGAAAUGCAAGUUAGGUUAGGGAGGAGCAGCAGAAGUACCGGAUCUGGAUUCUCUAAAGCUUCACGACUAAAAAUGGAAAAUAACAAUCAGCCAUUAUCAAUAUCUAACGAAAAUUUUGCCUUCAGUUCGGAAAAAACUCCAGAAAAAUUAAAAGAAAACGAAUCUAAACUCCAAUCUCCAGUGGAAAGUCAUUUUGCAGUCACUCCAGCUUCGAAUGCAAGUCGAUCAUCUUCGCCAGCAAAUGGUUUUACAAGCCAGGAAGGAUCUAAUCUGUUGCAGGAAGAAUUAGAUCAAUUGGCUGUUAAUGAAAAAAUUAGAGAUAAAGGGAAUAUAUCCUUAGAAGUGGCCUUAAAAAAUAGCCUCUCCAUUGAUGGUUUGACUAGUCCUACUGAUGAGAAUAUCAACAUGUUUUCUCUAGACCAUAAAGUUGAUGUAAAAAGCGAAGAAAAAACUGAAGAAAACACAACUAAAAAAGAAAUUGUGGAAGAACAGAAUCCUUCAGAACAUAUUUUUUUGCAGGAUUGGACCUUACUUGAUUGCCAUUUUGGAGUACCCCUGUUCGAUGUCAAUGCCAACACAAAAAUCUGUGAUACCAUAGUGUAUGGGGGUCUAGCUGAACCUUCCAGCCUGGAAAAUUUAGUUGAAUCAAGUCGAAAACUAGGAUCUGCUUUAUUGGAUUUUAUCUCUCAGUGUCAAUAUUACCCUGGAGAAAAUAUGGAAAUUUUAAAACGUGGUCGUCUUGUACCUUUACCCAGACACAAUCUAGUUUUCGACAAUGGUAGAGUCAGCGAAUGGCCUGGGAAAUGAAAAACAACUCGGAAUUAAUAAUGGAACGCAAUACGUAGUUUAUAAGGUGAAUAUGUUAUUGAUGUCCCUUAAAACAUUGUAAAUAAGCUAUAAUUAUAUUGUAUCCUUAUUUUGAAAUCAAAAAAUCUUUUCACUAAUGUCAUAUUUUUAAGUUAUACUGUACAUACAUCACAAAAAAAGUGGUACGGUGUAUGCCAAUAUUUUUCGAUUACUAAUUUCUUAAUGUUAAAAUAUGAAUUAAAUGUAAUCAAAUUUUUGGCACACACAGUACUAAGUUAUGUACUAUAAUUAAAACAUUCCCUUACGUCAUUUAGUGUACCUCAAAUAUAAGAAUAUUUUUAUAGGCUUACUUAAUGGUCCAUUUCGUUUCUACAAAAGAAUGUUUUGUAAUUCAAAUUUUGUUUUAAUCUCAUGAGUAAGUUGAAAUUUUUGGAACCGUUAGUGGUAUUCAUACUAAAUAGACUGUUUACACCAACACUCACGAUUACACCGUUUGACAAGCGUUUCUAUAACCAAGUUAUCGUCUUCAAGGACUGAAGGUAAACUGAGUUUAUGAUAACUUGGUUAGACAGUGUAAUUGUGAGUGUUGAUGUGGUGGUAGUGUAAACAGUGUGAUCAGUUUUAAUCUCAUGAGUAAGUUGGAAUUUUUGGAACCGUUAGUGAUAUUCAUAUUGAAUACACUGUUUACGUCAACACUCACGAUUACACCUUCUCACGAGCGUUUCGAUAAACAAGUUAUCGUCUUCAGAUACUGAAGGUAAACUGAGUUUAUGAUAAUUUGGUAGGACAUGGUAACUGUGAGUGUUGGUGUAGUGGUAGUGUAAACAGUGUGCUCAGUAUUAAUAUCAUGAGAAAAAAUUAUUGUUUCGUAUUCUAUUCUAUUUAUAAUUUUAACCUUUGUACUUUCCUUUCAUUUAUUUCCUAAGAUUAAACGCCAGUAUUUUAUAGAAAUUUAUCUAACAAGAAAUCAUCACUGAGAAUUUUUUUUGUUUAUUUCUAAGUCCUCAGAGUAUGAAAAGAAUUAAGGGGUAACACCGCUGUAGAUCUCGGUUUUCUGAAUUUUUUUUAAACUUUAUAUCAGGUACGAAAUCUAAUUAGAUGACUUCAUUAUACAUAUUUUGAAGUAAUUAAAUUAAUUUUUGCAGGGCGUUAAGAAACAAAAUAGCGUCAAUACAGAACUAUAAGCAUAAGGGGAAUUUCCCACAAUCAUCAACUUUUCGACGUAGCUAGUUUCCAAUUUAUUGAUAAAUCCUACGUAUUUCCUUAGAAAAUGAUGUUAUAAAGUUUCUGUCAUAGUUUUAAAUCAAUCUGAUCAAAAUUGGCUAAAUAAUGGGGGUCGUAGUGUUAAAACAAGUUUGAAAACGGGAUGACAUUCGUGAGGAAACGGUCAAACUGACGCUACACUAUUACACUAACACAAAAACAGGUCAUAACUCAGAGAAAACUUUGUUUUUCGAAAAAUCAUUUGAGAACGUCAUUUCAAACAUAAUUCCCUACCAUUUUAACUGAAAUAAGUUAUUGACUUUUUUAAAUUUUUUCAGUAGUGUUACCCCUUAACAAUAAUGCAGUGUACCGCAUUUGAAUUCGUCACUAGAACCCUAGUGUAAGAGUAGAGAGUAGUAGAGUAAGGUCUUCAAAAUGUCAUAUUAGUCUUUAUUUUAUAUUAUAUAAUCGCCAGGUUGAAAUUUUUCAAAGGAUUUUAGUUGUUCUGCCUAAGUUUUGUCCUUCGGAAACAAAACGGAACUCAAUUUCACUAACAAUCAAUUUUGACAGUAAUACUUGAAGACCUUAUUCGCCGGUAAUGCGAACGGGUGCAUUUGAACUACUAGUCUAUGGAAAAUGUCUAAGAUGAAAGAUGAUCAUUCCGAUGUCCAUGUACAAACCGGAAAUGUUUAAUAAAAGAAUAUUUUCAUGGAAUUUUUUAAUAAUAGUUAUUUUUUCCAAUAUUUUAAGCUUAUGAUCUCUUUAUUUUUAAAAUAGUUAUCUUUCUCUUAGUUCUAGAAAAAAGUCUGAUGAUGAUUAACGUAAUAAUGUUGUACUUAAACUUAUGAGGCAUUUAUUUUAAUCGGUGCACAAAAUGAACGCGAACAUGACGCUGGUUUGCUAAUAAACAUAACCUUAAAAGAGCAUGUAUAUAAAGAACUUUGAACGGCGAUCAACGUUUUUGAAUUAUUUACAAUGUAUUAUAUACUUUACUGUAUGGAAUAUGCAGAGAAAUAUAUACAGAGCGACAUUUGACACGGCGUCUCAAUAAGAAAAUUUGAUUUUCGAUUAUUUUAGGAAGUUAAUCACCAGUUCUUGUCACGGAAUUUUCAAAUGGGAAAAUGAUUCCCCAUAUUCUGCCAAAUUUUAAUUUUCUUUAUUCCAGCCUACUUUUUAUUAUAUAAAUACUCAUGAGCAUCUACAAAUUCUAUCAGCUUUACACUCAGAAAACUCAUUUUUCAGGGUUUUUUGCAACUACAAUAGAAAAGUGAGGUUAUGUUUUUGACUUUCAGCGCGUAAAAAGUAGUACAGGCGCGAUAAUUGUGUGCGUUAUCACAGUUUCUCAACAAGUUGAACUAUUUUUGACAGUUAUGAACGUCUAGAGCGCGUCAUGCUCGCGUACAUUCUGUUUACCGCUUUAGAAAGGAUUCUACAGCAUAUCGGAUUGUAUGUCUAUAAACUUUCCUUUCAAAUGUAAACUGUGAAUACUAGAUGUGAUAAGUUUUUAAAGAAAAAUCACAAACUCUAAAGUUGGCACAUCGUAAAAGCCUGUCAUAAUUUUUUUUUUUUUUUCUAUAAACCUACAACAUAAACAAAAAUCAUUAAUCAGUAAUUUCUGUGUGUUACAAAAAAUCUCAGCGAUCAGAUUAUUUGGAGAGAGAGAGAGAGAGAGAGAGAGAGAGAGAGAGAGAGAGAGAGAGAGAGAGAGAAUUCAGGUACGGAUUAUAAUGAUUUUCAAUUUCGUUUUUAAAUAUAUUUUCCCUUUUUUAUAAAUUAAACAACCAUAAAAACAUUUGAUAUAGUACAAUCUAGUCUAACUUAAUCUAAUAGAGUUGAAACUUAAAAAGGUAUACUUAUCAACAUUCCUUAGAUUCUGUAGAAUGGAAUACACUAAAGUUUCACGUGUACACACAAACUCAAACUUAAGACUUCUUUCUAACCUAGUAUUAUCAACGAGGUGGAUAUCCUCGACAUUGAAAUCUUGUAGGUCUGGACAACAAUGUUCAUUAUCAGGUCCCUAUAGCGAAUGUACCAAUGGGUCUCCACUAUGUUCCUCAUUACUUUGUUUUGGAAUCUUUCGAUGAUUACUAAGUUGCUUGCUUUGAUGCAUCUCCAUAGUUGGAUACCAUAAGUUUAAACAGGCUAUACAUGCAUUUUCCAUCGAAGUUUGAAAUCUUUUCGAUGUUGAGAAGUGAAAGGAAUUUUAUGGGUAUAUAAUAACUCUUCUAUUGUUUGUACAAGUAUACAGUGGUGUGAUUUUGAUCGAACUACAUGCCAUUUCUUCUUCGAGUAAAUUUUCAUUAAUACCUUUGACCAAAUUUCGAGAUCAAUUCUAUUAUCUUAAGCAAUUGAGUAUUUUUCAAAGUUAUAAUACCUAAAUGCAAAAUUUGAAAAGGUUUGACAGAUGUUGGAGUAACAUUUAAUGAUAGUUUUAUAGAUUUUUUGAAUGUCAUACUUUGUAUUAGUUUUAUAUUGAUACUCUUAGGUCAGUGAUAUGGAGCUUUCAAUUAAUUUUCAGUUUUAUCUAAUCCUCUAAUAUUUGUGGAACAUUUUUUUUAUUAUAAUUAACAACGUCAAUUUGAUAAUUUUUGAGUUAAUUUUGAAGAAUUAUACUUUUCAUAAAUAGAAACUUUGUAAUAUAAACAAAAUAAAAUUCGAAAUUUACUUACCAUAAAGAUUAAUUGAUUUUUACCAAACCAUUUUUGUUGUAGUAUAUUGGAAUUUCUUGGCAUGAUAAAAAAAACUUUAUCAGGUGUUUUAAUUUUGAUAUUUUUACAUCCCUACACAAAACACGAUUUUUAUACCAUUUUUCAGAUUAAUCAAAGUUUAACUUAUUUAAAUGUUUUAACUACCUACAAAAUUUUUAAAUAAUUGUUUUCUCUAUAAAUAUUCAUCAAAGAAUUGAAAAAAAUUAUAAUAAAACUUGUAAAUGAACUAUCCAAAACUAUUUUUUAUCAAACUAUGCAAGUACCCUAUUACGUUCUUCUACAGUGUUACACAUUUACAUUUUGUAGGAAACUGAUUUUUUUGAGAUAUGUUCCUCAGAAGCAUAUUUUAAAUAAAGUUUAGAUUGGCAUGAACUUAGUAUCUGUAGUUUAUGUUUGACAGGGAAGAUUUGGAUAUCUGGUUUAUACAAUGUAGAUAAGUUUUUUAUAUCUGGAUAAUCGUAUAGUUAACAAAAUCUGGUAAUAAAUUGACCGUAGACUGUAAAAUCUUGUAGGACAUUUAGAAUUCUUAUUUGUUUAUAAAAUUUACACAUUUUAUGUAACUUUGCGAAUAAUUUUCAAGUUUAUUAAACUGUAAUAUUUCUUUUAUCAUUUUUAGAAUUUAUAACUAUUAUGUUCUUAUAAAUUAAUGUCAACUUAAUUUUUCAGUAUUAUAAGAAUCAUUCCGUUUGUUUAUAUAAAUAAAUUUUAUUUAUUAU